UAUAAAUGUCCGACACAGAGGAAGACCACGAUGGGCAAAAGACGAAGGCCGUGUUCUCCACGCUGGUGGCCGACGGGGACUGGCUGUACAUGAAGGGCGAGUACAAGAAGGCUCUGAGCAGCUACACGGCGGCCCUGACUGUAAAGCCUGAUGACAAGACUUGCUGCGUGGGCCGAUCCAAAUGUUACCUGAAGCUCGGCCAAUCGGAAAGCGCUUUAAAGGAUGCAGAGGCUUCACUCAAAAAGGACAAGUCAUUUUUCGAGGGAGUGUACCAGAAGGCGGAGGCCUUGUACUACAUGGGUGAAUUUGAAUUUGCUCUGGUGUUAUACCACCGAGGACACAAACUACGUCCUCAAAUACAGGGGUUCAGACUGGGCAUCCAGAAAGCUCAAGAGGCUAUCGAAAAAUCAUUAAGUCCUUCCUCUGUAAAACUGAAGAUUAAAGGAGACUUGUCAUUGCUCCUAAAAGAUGAGAGGGCACAGCCAAUCGCUGCCAUCCAGCAUCUGACCACGAAGAAACAACCACAGACCCAAAAGAUCCCCAAGAGUGAGAAGACCACCAAGCAACUGCUGGGAGAGUUUUACACUGACAAGAAAUAUCUAGAAACCCUGCUGAAAGAUGAAGAUUUGGUGAAAGGAAAGACUAAAGGAGGGGAACAACUGCAUGACGUCAUUCAGGGCUGCCUCGCAUACCUCGACUCAUGCACCGAGUUCUGGACCGAGGAGACGCCGAGCGGCUCGCGGGGGGGCAAAGGGCGUAAGCUGCGGCAGGAAGACGGUGGCAAGCCCCGCCGCGGAGCGCCCUCUGAACCGGCUCAGUUUCUGCUGAAGAGCCUGGAGGACAUCGACGCAGAGUUGACGUCCGGAAAUGCAGAAGGUAGUCUGAAGAAGGCCGAGGACGUGAUGAAGAUAGUGCGGGGCUGGUCGGAGAAAGAGGUGCCCAAUCGGAAAGAAGUGUUGGGCAGCCUGCACAGCUGUAUUGGGAACGCCUUCAUCGACUUGGGAGACACGGACCGAGCUUUAGAGCAUCAUCGAAAAGACUUGGAGUUGGCUGAGCAGUGUGAACUCCCGGAUGCGAUGUCCAGGGCUCUGGACAACAUCGGGCGGGUUUAUGCUCAAGCCGGACAGUUCACACAGGCCAUUGAGUUCUGGGAGAAGAAGAUCCCUCUGGCCCGCGGUGGUUUGGAGAAGACCUGGUUGUUUCACGAGAUCGGGUGGUGUUACCUCGAGCUCAAUCUCUACGAAGAAGCCAGAGACUACGGCGUGCGGUCAGUCGCUGCGGCCGAGGAAAUUGCUGACGAGAAAUGGCAGAUUAAUGCCAACGUGUUGGUGGCUCAGUCAGAAUUGAAACUAGGACACGUUGAGUCCUCCGUCUCCCACUUCGAGAGGGCCUUGACCCAGGCCGCGCUGCAAGAUGACGACUCCGCCAGGAACGUCAUUCAGAAGGCCCUCGAUGAGGCAAAGCAGCAGCUCCCACAGUGACGACGUCAUCAGUCGAGAUUUAUCUUGCUCCAAAGUGCGAAUUGAGAAAAAGACCUUCAGAAGAACACGCUCCUCAAAUGAAAGUAGAACGAAAUGAG